AUGAAGACGUCUGCGUUCUUAUCUCAUGUGUGCAGAUACGAGUUCCACGAUUCGUCGAUGAAAAUGGUUCCUGAACCCGCUGGCUUGGCGACGAUGAUGGCGUCGCCAGAAGCGUCACCAUCGACGUCCAGGGACGAAUGUUGGUAUAUGGAGAAGGCUGGCCGUUUAUUCGGCUACGAUGAGAUUAUCGCACCAUGGGCAACGAAACGCUAUAGCCUGUCAAUAGAAGGGCUACAUGAAGAAAUAAAGGAUAUCUUCCAAUGGUUACGGCCAUGCCGAUUAGAAGAAGCCGUACGGUUAGAAGUGUUCCGAAAGGUGAAAAAUGCUAUAAAGGAGAGAUGGAAAGGCAACAACGUGAAAGUUUCGGUGUUUGGCAGCUUACGUACUCGAUUAUUCCUGCCAACAUCUGACAUCGACGUUUUAGUCGAGUGUGAAGAAUGGAAGGAUACUUGUGCCAUGGCGAAUUGCAUGCAAGAAACCGCCAACUACCUCGAGGAGGUCGGACUGGCCAAGUCAGUUGCGGUCUUCUCCGAUGCCUUCGUCCCGAUCGUGAAGAUGGUCGAAAAGGACACCUUGGUCAAUGUGGACAUCUCUUUCAACACCGCUCAGGGUGUGAAGGCUGCUGAUUACAUUGAAAAGGUCAAAGAAGAAUUUCCCGUGGUAGAACCGUUGAUAUUGGUGUUGAAGCAGUUUUUGAUACUGCGACGGUUGAACACGACCUACACAGGCGGAUUGUCGUCGUAUGGACUGAUACUGAUGCUGAUCAACUUCUUACAUCACUAUGGCAUGCCCGUACGACGAAAGCACCCUUACAGUCCUGAAGUCAAUCUUGGCGAGCUACUUAUGCGGUUCUUUGAGGUUUAUGCUCAGGAGGUGAACUACGAUGCCGUCGGUAUUUCGGUCAUUGACAUGCGAUAUACCCCAAAGGAAGCACGUCGAGAUGGUGAUAAGAAAGCAGCGCUGUUGUCGAUCGAGGAUCCGUUGUUGAUAACCAAUGAAGUCGGUCGGUCAUCGUUCAACUAUGCACUUGUACGAUCAGCAUUUGAGCAAGCGUUACAGAUUCUCAAAGGUGUAUUCAUCCGUGACCGACGAUGUGGCGCCGAAUGGCGACGGUUCUACAAGGGAAGUAUGAUGUCAUUAAUCAUGCCGUUUACUCAGGAACAGUUACAAUAUAGAAAUUGGCUGAAAAGUUUCGUUCUCGAAUACAAAGAACCAGAACAACCACCGUCAACGAUUGUUUGUAACACGUUUCUUGCUCCGUCCGUCGAUUUGGCAAAAUGUGCUCUUCAACAAUACAUCAUGUCACUUCCGCGAAGUUCACGACCACUAGAAAUUGUCGAUCCACGAGACCUAGAGCGAAUGUCGACCACAACGUCGGAAACAUCUCAAUCGCAUGAUAAUGUGAGCGAAACGACAUGUACGUCGAGCUCAGCUUCUGACGACGCUGGUCCGGUUGUUGAAGCGCCAAUCGAUGGAUUGUCUGCGUUGACGUUAUCGGAGAAAAGCGAAACAGAAUCGUCUGAGGUGGAGGUUCGCUGUAAUGGUAUCAAUGGCAAUGUGAAACGUGAUGAAUCCCGAGAAAAAUCGGAACCAUCCGAAAAACCGGCCACCACUCUAGCAGCCAUAGUCGCCGGGAAAGUGAAUCGUCUCAAAUCCCGUGAAAGCGCUGACGAACUGGACAAGAAGAAUGGGAACAUGAAAGGUCGCACACCGUCACCAAGUGAGAACAAAACCCCUCCCGUCACUGCCACCACCCCUCGACACAACGGCAACAAUCCCACGGGACCGUCGGCAGCAUUGCCCCCUGCCCAAUGUCGCGUAUUCCAUAACCAGCAGUACUAUCAGAAACACGAACAACGCACAGGGUCAGCUUCGUCGCGUGACGGCGGUCGCGGCGCGGGCAACGCAUCGCGACCGCUCGGUGCCGGAGGCAACGGGGCGCCACGUUCGGGCCGUAAACCAGCCCAACAGUACCAGCAAGCGCCGCCCCCGUCGUCGAAUGGUCACUCGACGCAGUCACGCACGUCGAGAAGUGGUGGUCCCCUGCGCAAGAGCUACUCAGGCGUCUAUUACAAAAGAGGUUCGGGACCUGCUGGCGGACGUCGCGACACGACCCCGCGCCUUGCCUCGGAUGACGGUGGUGAGUCGAGCGAACGCGAUUCUGUGAAGAAUGACGGAUAUCAGACGCUCUGUAGUACUAGAAUUCGAUAGCAGUAACGAAGUAGCACUAAUUAGCUGCACUAUGAAAUUGUUUUUUCGUUCUUUCUUCUUUCAUAACCAGUCUCACCAUGUAAUUGCCCAUUUUGUUAAGUUUUUAUCUACUUUUAUUUUUCUCCUAAGAUGUAAUAACUGUUUGUUCACCUCACACGCAACC